CAAUCCGGUUUGAGCUAGUUUUCUUCCAAUGGAACAUUAUCGUGUGGCUGCCCUCUAUUAGACUGUACUAGUACCGCUUUAUCCUCACUAUACCACUAUAUCUUUCUCCUCUAUUCGCUUACACGUACCUGUUUUUUUCUCCCUUUUCCACAAACACCACUCACAAAUCAACCAUGCCUAGAAGGAGCAAAGAAGCGUCAGAUGCACCCGAGCCCAAGAGGAGAUCUCUCCGGUUGAUAAAAACCACACCCGCAAAGGAAGAAUCCAAAGCCAAGACAAAGAAAGCACCCGCCAAGCCUAAGAAAGCGAAGGAGGUGGAGAAGGGCAAGCCCGAGGAGAAGGAGACCGACGCCCCCGCCGAGAAUGGCGAAACCAAAGCUGAGGAAGAGGCGCCAGCCACGGACACGGCGGGGGAAAAAGAUGACGCAGCAGAAUAACAUCUCUCAAAGCGCAUCUUUUACCAGUGCUCCCUGUACCUCUUUUCUUGUACAAUUCAGGGGAAUAUUUUUAUCAGCUAUUUUCUAAACACAGGUUUUUUAGUAGUUUGAUUGUAGACAACACUUCUUUUUUUUUUUUUAAUGAAAGACAUAAAAAGUCAAUUUGGAGAUGGGAGAAUUUCUUCACGGGGGGGGGGGGGUCGUUUAAAAUGUUGUUUAAAAUGUGAAAGAGGGGCAGGGUGCGGGACAGGUUAGGGUGUCAACACACAAGCAAGUUCACAGGAGCUGGGUUGACAAGUGAAUGAGUUUACCUGCAUGGAUUACAUUCCAUAUGCUUUAAAGGGACAGUAUGUAAUCUGUGCUUGGGGUUGGGUGGGGGGUGUGGGGGUCAGCCAUUGUUUUGUUGUUUAUAAAGAAGAACAGUGUUUUAGAAUGUUUGCAGGCUCUUGUAAUCAUGCAGUUUUCUCAUGAAAUUGGAUCAAUAAAUCUAAAAUCCCAAGUAGUGGAGCCCUCCCUAUCCAAACGGUGUAUCUUGUGUGUUGGUUGUGUCCCAGUAAAUUUGUAUAGCCGCUGUGAAAAGGGUUUUCAACUCCUCUGUAUGCAGUGUGUAAUGGUACAUUGUAUGAAUGGCAAACAUGGAAUCUUUUAAUUUUAUUUUGUUAGCCUAGCUCUAGUAAUAGUAACAUCAAAACAAAAGUAGUCUCUUAAAUGCCAGCAGACAAACUGUACAUUUAUUUGACAUGUCAAAUGCAUACCAGCAGUAGCAAUACUCACGAGGUUUAGGUGUCCGUGCAAGUGUGCAGUUUAUUUUUAUUUGUUUAUAGAUGUAAUUGUGUCAUGAUUGUUAUCAAUGGACCAAUAAAACUCGGUUGGUAGUC